UAUCUAUCUUCUCGAUUAUUUUCUUCAUGUAGAUUCUAGAGCAUUCUGCUCCAGCUCUUGUUCUCACUCUUCCUCUAUUCUUUGCCUCUGGAAUCACCUGAUCUUUUCCUUCGCGUAUCACUCGAUUAAUACUUGUGUUUUUUUAAGUAGUAGUAGUAGUUAGAUUUCGACAACUUAAUAGAUCAGCUUCAAUAUGUGGAAACUCGAAGAAGUUUUCAAAAUAGAGAUUCUGCGAAAUUGAAUGACCGACUUUCAAACCUUAAUUUUGGACCCAUUUGAGGUAAUCACGUAUUUCAAGAAGCAAUGUUUGGAAUGAGUGAUAGGUGCCUUCUUCAGGGUUGCCUAUCUAAGUCUGCUGUUAUUAUCCUGACUUUAAAUUUGUGAAAGUUUGGUGUAUGUGGCUGCCAGACGCGGUGUUUAGGGGUUUAUUGGAUAUAGUUGCUGAAGGUUUGAGUAGCUUUGAGGUUGCCAUGAGAUGGAGCUGAGGAUCGUCUUCUAGCUCUGGUAAAUAGAUGUCUCCUUGAGUCUCCUAGCUCUGGUGAAUCUCUUCCAUUGCAUGGUCCAACAGGGGUUUAAACCGAAUAAGUUGUGUUUAGCAAGCGUAGUAAGUGCAUUGUCGAGCCUUGAAGCUUUGAUAACGGGAAGGAUUGUUCAUGGACAUAUUUUAAAAAUUGGAAUUGAACAAGAUGCUUUCAUAGGUAGCUCACUGGUUGACCUGUACUGCAAUGUGGAAGCUCUAAGGAUGGACGUGUAGCAUUUGACUCGAUAUUGGAGAAGAACGUUGUUUGUUGGAAUUCAAUGGGCAGUGGUUAUAGCCUCAAUAACCAACUUGAAGAAGCUAAGGAGCUAUUGGACAAGAUACCCCCAAAAAAUUAUAUCUCAUGGAAUUCGCUAAUAACAGGUUAUUUAGAGUAUGAAAAAUUUGAUGAAGUUUUUGAAGUUUUCAGUGACAUGCUUCUGUCUGGAGAACAACCAAAUAAAUCUACUUUCUCUAGUGUUUUAUGUGCUUGUGCGAGCUUAGCUUCAUUAGAAAGGGGGAAGAACUUGCAUGGUAAGGUCAUUAAACUUGGCUUUCACUCUGAUGUUUUUGUGGACACUGCCCUUCUAGAUAUGUAUGCCAAAUCGGGUAAUGUUGAAAGCUCUGAGAAAAUCUUCAAAAGGACGCCCAAACGUAACGAGAUUUCCUGGACAGCUAUGAUUCAAGGGCUUGCAGAAAACGGCUUUGCAGAGGAAGCACUUGCUGUAUUUGAACGGACGAAGUCCAUUGCACCUAAUGAGCUUAUUCUUUUAGCAGUUUUAUUUGCUUGUUCCCAUUGUGGUCUUGUAGACAAAGGACUCCAUUACUUCAAUUCAAUGGAAAAGGUCUAUCAUAUACAACUGAAUGCUAGACAUUAUACCUGUGUAGUGGACAUGCUGUCUCGUUCAGGACGCCUUUCUGAAGCAGAGAAGUUCAUCUUGGACAUGCCUUGUGAACCAGAAGUUCAAGCCUGGGCAGCUCUCUUAAGUGGUUGCAAAACAUAUAGAAAUGAGAGGAUGGAAGAAAGGGUAGCCGAAAAGAUUUCAGAGCUGGCAGAAAAGCAUCCCGAAGGAUAUACAUUGCUGUCAAAUGUUUAUGCUUCAGCUGGCAGAUGGUUGGAUGUCUUGCACAAGAAAACAAAUGAAGGAAAGAGGACUGAGGAAAAGCAGGGGAUGUAGUUGGAUUGAAGUGAGAAACCAACUCCAUUCAUUUUAUUCCCAGGAUGGUUCUCACAAUGAGUCCACACAGAUUUACGAGGUUUUGGAUCUAAUGAGGUCAGAAAUGCAGCUUAUAUAGAUUGCUCCAUAUUUUGAAGGGCAGUUAAUUGAAGCCAGUUGCAGAACAGAGGUCCAUAAUUUAGCUCGCAUAUACGGCUUCUAAUUUAAUCUCAAAACCUCAUACAAGAGUGUUUUAGGGUUUGGAAAGAGGAGUUCUCUUCUCCUAGAUUGUAUGGUUUUGGUUAAAUUCCAUUUAAGUUGCAGAGGAAGGAAAUGACGAGAAAAGAUUGGACUUAAGAAUAUUCGUUACAUUCAACUUUGUUCAGGCCUUCACAAGGCCGCCAUUCUUAUUUUCUAGCUGUUGGUAUCUUAGACAUUUUUUUGGUUUCAAACUGUGUUGUUCCAGUAGGUGCAUUUACUUUAAGAAUCAUUAGCAUUAAUGUAUUAAUCCCAAUAAACUUCUUCAAGAAGGCCAAUGUUCUUUGGAGCAAAUUUAAGGUUAGAAAAGUAAGAGGUUGUCAGAUUCUUCUACUCGAUUUUCCUAAAUCAAGAGCAUAAUAGGAAAGUUUACUAUUUCUUUACUGCUCUUUGGCUAAGGCAGCUCAUGAAGAAAAGGCAUGGACACGGAUGGUAGGUUGAGGAUUGGUCUUAUAGAUAUCUUCUUUUGAUUUGAAGCUCUUUCUCUU